GCAACUCCAGUCUGCCAUCUUUGAUUGUGCGACAGGGCCGCGGCGCGAGCGGGGCCUCACUCCACCACAGAAAAACGGACCGUGCGCGAGAUAACGGCAGUGAACCACGGGACCGACCGAGCACCGGCUCCCGCAGUAACCGGCCUGAACAGACGACAGCCAGACCGUGUGGCUUACGGAGAAAAAACCCGGGCGGAGAAGACGUUAAACGGUCAGCCGCGUGCACGCGGAGAGCGGUUUGUUGGCAGCCAACGGCCGAAACAGCUAACCGUCGUUAGCUUUUGUAAUCCGCCGGCCAGACGCACAAACCGGGCCGAACCCGGGGUCCAAGUCGGGCUACACACACACACACACACAACAAGAACAGCCGAAAGGACAAAAGAAGGCACCGGCGGUGGCAGGAGGCUGGUUCUGAGGGCGAGGCCAAAGGACCAGACUCAAUGAGUUUCCAGCGAAAUGUCCGAGAAGUCAGGGCAGAGCACCAAGGCAAAGGAUGGCAAAACAAAGUAUGCAACCCUUAGCCUCUUCAAUACCUACAAGGGCAAGUCUCUGGAAACCCAGAAAACUGCAGUGGCUGCCAGACAUGGGCUCCAGAGUUUGGGCAAAGUUGCUGCCAGCAGGCGCAUGCCUCCUCCGGCCAACUUGCCCAGCCUGAAAGCAGAGAACAAGGGAAACGACCCCAACGUCAACAUUGUCCCCAAAGACGGUAGUGGCUGGGCAUCUCGAACUGAGGCAGGGGACGAGAGACAACAGGAAACACCGCCACCCCAGAUCAAACCAGCAGUCCUUCAGACACAAGAGGUUUCCAUUGGGGGGAGCCGCUCCUGGGCCAACAGCAAGCAGACACAGCUAGACGGAGCUCCUCGUGUGAGCAGCCAAUUUCACCAGGAGUUUCCCAGCUUGCAGGCGGCUGGUGAAGCGGAGAAAGGGGACGGUCAAGAGGAGGAGCCUUAUGGACCAGGGCCCAGUCUCAGACCUCAAAAUGUUGGCAGUUGGCGUGAGGGCGGAGGCAGGAAUUUGAACACUGCACCCAGCCCCCCUGAGAUGGACAGCAGGGCACCAGAGGAGGGUAGUACGGGCCUUGGUACCUCUACACCACCAGGGGAGGCUGAUGAGCCUGGGCGAAACGUAACUACUGAGGGUCAAAGGGAGAAGAGGGAUGGCAGGGAGAGGUUGCCCCCCUCUGGCCCUCCUCAGCCUAAACUUAAUGGGGGGCAGCAGCCCCCUGCUGGGGUGCCAACUCACUUCGACCCUGCGUUCAGGAGCAUGAUGCCACCCUAUAUGUUCCACGCCUACCCUCAAAUGACUUUUGGCCCAGGGCAAGGAAACUUCAGGUACCCUGUACCACAAGAUGGAGCAAAGGGUCCACGUCCAGUGCGACCCCAGCAGCCUCCCCCUCAGGCUUGGCUCCAGGACCCCGACAGACCCUCUAUCGUCAGUGCAACAGAACUGAAAGAGCUGGACAACUUGGACACUGACGCUGACGAGGGCUGGGCAGGAGCUCAGAUGGAGGUGGACUACACUGAGAAACUGAACUUCAGCGACGAUGAGGAGAACCAAGCUGCUAAAGAGAAAAGAGAAAACUGGGAGUGGAUGGGUAAAGUGGAGCGUAUAAGAUCUCGACCAUCGGAUGGUCAGGAGGCCUGGAAGGAGGGGUCAGAGGACCGAGGGGGCAGUAAAGCUUCAUGGGCGGACACAGUAGAUCCCAGAGCGCCGUCACCAGGCAGCAUGGGGCAGUACAAUAAGUCGGCUGCUCCACAGGACUACCAGGGUGGCAAUCGUUCUGUUGGUGGUGCAGCCCCGCGUGUGAGCAAACCACCAGCUGCAGCACCACCUGGUGCUGAGGAGGACUCUGAGGCCUGGCGACAGAAGCGAAAGAAGCCUGCGGAGGUUUCUGAGGCUGUAGAACGAGCGAGGCGGAGGAGAGAGGAAGAAGAACGGCGGAUGGAAGAACAGCGGCUUGCUGCUUGUGCUGAAAAACUUAAACGCCUCAAUGAAAAGCAUCGCCAGGCGACUGAGGGCAAACCCGCCCCUGCUCAGUCCACCAGUGAAGAAGCAGGCGUCGCUCACGAGGAAUCCUCCUCUCCAGCUCCUGCUCCUGUGUCCAGUCCUGCACCUUCAAUCCCAGUUCCACAAUCACAGGUCCCAAUCAUGCAGCAACCUCUACCUGAUCGGGUAGAUCGUGACGGGGAGAGGGUGGAGCGAGAACGAGAGAUAGUAGAACCGAGUGUAGAGGAGGAGGUUCACUUGCCUCGUCAGCCUAGCCCUCCUGUUCAGAGACCUGUGACUAUAGCUCCAGAGCCUCAGAGCGAGGCAGAGAGCUCCUUGGUUGAGGUUAGCCCUUUGAUAGAGGAGAACCAGGCUGACAGGACAACAGUGCCUAUACGAGACUAUUUCAACAUAGAGGACAACAGAGUGGAUGAGCCCCACCUGUCUCUGCCUCACAUGGACACACCCAGUGGGGAGGAAGUCCCUGUGGCACCCCCACAGCUGGAAGGAGAAGCGGCAGCUGCUAUGCGUCCCUCUCUUACCUCAGGCUAUUCCAAACAGUUUCAAAAGUCUUUGCCGCCUCGCUUCCUUCGACAGCAGGAGCAGAUGAAGCAGCAACAAUGGCAACAACAACAGCAGCAGAGUGGAGGCUCUGUGUCCCCAUCAGGAGGUGGCGGAGUUCCAGCUUCCCAACAACAGCAGCAGCAACAGCAACAUCGCUCCAUGUAUCAACCUAUGGGCCCCCACCACCAGCACCUGGCCUCAAUGGGGUUUGAUCCCCGCUGGCUUAUGAUGCAGUCCUACAUGGACCCCCGCAUGAUGUCAGGACGUCCUCCCAUGGACAUGCCAACUAACAUCCACCCUGGGAGAAUGCCUCCGAAGCAGAUUGUGCGCAGAGAGCCUGGUGACAACUCUAGCUCCAGCUCUGACUCCUUUGACCACUUGACUCGACCAAUUCGUGACCAUGGUCUGCCCUCAGAGUCACGGAUGGUAUGGGGAUCAGACCCAUACCCACAGUCAGAGCCAUUACCAUCUGUAACGCCUCCAAAAGGACGAGACGAUAACAAGGAGCCGAGGAUGGACUCUGGUUUGGACCUGGACAGGGGUCUUCCAGCUAUAUAUCCACAGGACCACAGUGCAUUGGACUCACAUAAAAGUAACUUCUUCCAGGAUCCUACAGAGUCCCUGUCAGCAUUUACCCAGGGCCCAGAGGAUGCCUCGGGGCCUCUUGACAGGGUUCCUGUAGGCCCAGCCUUUGAUCCUGAAGAGGCAGGACUACCCAGUGGGGAAGAGGUAGAAGCUCUUGGUCAAGCUAUGCUCCAGAGAAGUGUCUCCCAGGGUUCCAGUCACUCCCUUAAGCUGGAUGAGCCCAGGUUUGAUGGGCUACCGCUGGGAACAAAAUCACUAGAGCUACAGGACACAGGAGAACGGGCUGAUGAUAAAGCACAGAACGAACUCUACCCCCAGGCUGCAGUCACCAGCAACAGGGCUACACCCCCUGCUGAUGGAUUACACAAACAAGAGAAGCUGCCUUUACCAGCCCCUAACAAGCAGAAAGCUGAGCUGCGCUGGGGUGGACGAUCAGGGGCCGGACGCAGAGAAGGACCAGGGGGAGAUAGACCUGUCCGCAGGUCUGGGCCAAUAAAGAAGCCUGUCUUAAGGGACAUGAAAGAAGAGCGAGAGCAAAGAGAAGAAAGAGAAAAGCGUCAUGAGAGAGGAGAAAGAGGAGACCGGUCCAAAAAAGAUCAGUUGUCCAAAGCUCCUUCUGCAGCUGCUGCUGUGUCUGAGGGCUCCAGACCUCAGGCUGAGGGGAAGAGAGAAGCUGCCCAGGCUGAGGAAACACCGUCUGGCCAUCAAAGAACUAGAGACUCUCAGCCUUCAUCUGGGGUUCCAACCUCUUCAUCUCAGGAGGAGAAAGCAGACAAACCACCCAGCAAUGACAAACACCCAGAACCCAAACUGCCCUCCAGGAAAGAUUCCAAUCUUCCUCCACGUGCCUACCGACGAGAAGACAGGGAGAGGGACCGCGAAAGAGAGAAGGAAAUGGACAAGGACAGAGACAGAGAGUGGCCUACUGACUCAAAUUUUAAAGGACGUGGUCGAGGGGAGUAUUACUCCAGAGGACGGAGCUACCGGGGGACUUACAGCGGCAGAGGCAGGGGGACGCGUGGUCGAAGCCGAGCAGAGUACCCUUAUCGAGAGCCCCGAUCGCGCUCUGACUUGCCUUCUGCUGGAGGCGCUGCUGCCUUCCGCAACAGGGAGGAAAGUGAGACACGCAGCGAGAGCUCAGACUUUGAGGUUAUACCAAAACGUAGACGGCGCCGCGGUUCAGACACAGAUUCUGAAAGUGAAGGUGGGAGGGAGUCUGCCAGUGAUACUGGACCCUCUGACCGUGAGCCGAGCACCAAACCCAGCCGUCCACUGAGACGAGAGCUCCCUGGGGAGGCCCGGUCUGGUCCUCACAAGCCAGGCUUUGGACCUCCUCACAUGGGGGAAAAGGUUGGCUCCAGAAUGGACGAUGAUGGCAGGCCCAAACCAGGAUUCCUUCCUAAAGGAGAGCCUUCACGCCGAGGAAGAGGAGGACUAUACAGCAGACGAGGAGGAACAAGGGAACGUGGCGGCCCUCGCUCAGCCCCUCUUAGACGGCCCAUGGCUAGAGAGUCCUCCUCUCAGUGGCCCUCUAAACCCAUGGAGACAUUCAGGCCUGAGGACACCGAGCCUACACCAAGAUAUGACAAUCCUCUCAAUGACCGACGGCCUCCUAAGUCUGAUAGCAAGAAAUUUGGGGAUGGGGCUCCUCAGAGUAGUAGAGAAAGACCUCGCCGCUCCAGACCAGCACGGCCACCCAGGCAAGAUAAACCUCCCCGCUUCAGGCGCUUGAAAGAACGGGAAGCUGCAGUGUUAGCUACUGGAGAGAUAGUCCCAAGUCCACCUGUCCCUUUACUUCCAGUGCCUGCUGCUGCUGUCCCUAGCUCUGCCCCUGCUCCAACUUCUCUCUCUCCAACCCUGUCUAGAGCUCCAGGAACCCCUGUAACUGUGCCUGCGGAAGUGGCAGCCAAUAUGCCUGCAACGGAUUUGCCCUCUCCUGUAGAAGCUUCUUUGCCAGAGACCAGCACCCCCACAAUCACUGCAGUCGGUACCAAAUCCCCUGACCUGUCCAACCAGAACUCUUCCGAUCAAGCCAACGAAGAGUGGGAAACUGCCUCUGAGAGCAGCGACUUCAAUGAAAGGAGAGAGCGGGAAGAAAGGAAAGGAGUGCUGGAGGCCGCUAAUGAAGCAGCCACUGCCUCAACCCCGGCACCUGUACCGCCCCAGGGCUCUUUGACUCCCAAUAAAAGUCCUCCUGAUGGAGGGAUGACCCCAAAACGUGAAGGGGCUGCUGCAGCCAAGAGGAGUUUCUCAAGUCAGAGGCCUACAGAGAGACAAAAUCGUAGAGGCAACAGUGGAGCCAAACCAGGCCGGAGUUACACAGGGGGCAAGGGGGAGAGGAGGGGAGGGCCCAAAGCCGGCCGUAAAGGCCCUGCAGCCCAGCAGAACUCGGAGGGGACCGCACCAUCCGCUGGAGGAGCAGCCCAGAGGUCCGCAAAGGAACAGUCUGCCCGUCGCAAAGAUGAGGCCAAACAGGCUGCCAAGAAGCCCAAGGAGAAUGCUCUUUCUCAGUUUGAUCUGAACAACUACGCCAGUGUUGUGAUCAUCGAUGACCACCCAGAGGUCACUACCACAGAGGACCCACAGUCCAGCACCAACGAUGACGGCUUCACAGAGGUCGUCUCCCGUAAGCAACAAAAACGGCUGCAGGACGAAGAGAAGCGGAAAAAGGAAGAGCAGACAACUCAGAACUGGAGUAAAAAGGGCUCUGGUGAGAAGGGCAGAGGAGGUGGAGGAAAGCUGCCACCAAGAUUUGCUAAGAAGCAGUCAUCGCAGCAGCAACAACAGCAACAACAGCAACAACAACAGCAACAACAGCAACAACAACAGCAGCAGCAACAACAACAACAGCUGCAGCAGCAGCAACAACAACAGCAGCAGCUGCAGCAGCAGCAACAGGCCUCACAGUCUCAGCCUCCCGUAGCCUCCACACCACAGGCCCAACCGCAGCCCCCUAUUUCUGCUCCCCAGCAUUCUCAUCUUGCCUCCUCCCAGCCCGCUGCAUCCCCUCAGACUCUGGAAGGAUCGGUUGCUCCUCUGCCCACCAUCCCCCCCACCACUGUGGACUUUACCUCAAAGAGCCUACCGCCUGCCCCCACGCAGACACACAGCACUCUAGGUACAGAACUGUGGGAAAACAAGGUAGCAGGCUCCACUGUCCUCCCUGAUGUCAAGAAGCUUGGUCCAAUCAGCCCUCCCCAGCCACCUUCUGUGAGUGCCUGGAACAAACCUCUUACCUCCUUUACUGGCACUGUCUCCUCUGAGGGUGUGAAGCCUGGGUCAGAGGGAAGUGUCGAAUUGGCAAUAGACAGUAUUCAGUUUGGAGCGCCAUCGUCUGCAGGCAGCACGGAUAGUGAUGGAGUUCCAGCAUUACUAGAAACUGUCUCUGAAAACAAACUACCUGCUCCCAAAGAACAGAGACAGAAACAACCUCGAGCUGGCCCAAUCAAAACCCAGAAGUCAUCUCCUCUCCAGCUUCCUGAAAUGGAACCAGUGGAAACCAAGGAGUACAAGCCAGGUCCCAUUGGUAAAGAGCGCUCUUUAAAGAACCGCAAGGCCAAAGAUGCACGUGGAGGAGAAGGCGAGGGGAUGGAGGGAGGAGUCCCUGGAGGAGGUGUCAGUAGAGCCACAGACUCAAGUCCCCCCACCAGUGACACCACGGUACCAGAGCUGGGAGGAGACAUCGAGGGAAUGAUCACAGUGCCCUCAGCAGAGUACAACAGUAACUCCAAGGAGUCCGUCACUGACUACACUGCCCCCUCCUCCUCACUGGCUGACAGUGUUCCCACAGGAGGGAGUAAAAUGGAAGAGAGUUUGGUGGCAAAUGUGGCCCUACCCCACUCAUUGCCCCUCCCUCGUCGAGAGACCCUGCAGCAGAGCCCCAGCCUCAGCACCGUCUCUCCUGCUACUGUUGACCUAACACUAAAGAUGGAAUCGGCUCGUAAAGCGUGGGAGAACUCCCCGAGCCUGGAGAAGAAUUCUCCAGUCACUUCUUCUUCCUCCCCGAUCACCUCCUGUGCAUCCUCAUACUCCACCUUCUCCUCAGCCUCCAUGCCACAGAUCCCUGUGGCUUCUGUUACCCCGAGCACCUCGCUGUCAGGUGCUGGUACCUAUACGACAUCAUCUCUCAGCACCAAGACCACCACAGCCUCUGACCCCCCUAACAUCUGUAAGGUGAAGCCCCAGCAGCUGCAGGGUGGAAGUUUGUCUUCCUCCAGCAGUAGCAGUAGUAGUGGCAGCUUCUCUCAGUUGGGCUGUGUGCCUCCUCUCCUGCCCCAGCAGCAGCAGACCCCACAGGUGUACGUCUCUCAGUCUGCAGCAGGUUCUGCAGCUCAGAUUCCAGCCUUCUACAUGGACACUAGCCACCUCUUCAGUACCCCCCACCCUCGCCUGGCUCCUCCCUCCCUGGCGCAGCAGCAAGGCUUCCAGCCCGGCCUCUCGCAGCCGACAGCAGUGCAGCAAAUUCCCAUCCCUAUCUAUGCUCCACUGCAAGGUCAGCCUCAGCAUCAACAUCAACACCAACAUCAACAUCAACACCAACACCAACAUCAACACACACACCAGGCCCAGCUAGGACUCAGCACUGGUCCACCGGUCUCCCAGCCACAGGACCUGUUCAGCUCUGCUCUGCAGCCAUACAGGUCUCAGCAGGCGUUCAUGCAGAGCAGCCUUUCACAGCCCUCCAUGAUGCUGUCAGGACCUUCCCUGCACAGCUACCCCGGCGUGCAGGCAGCGGAGCUGGGCAAGCCUCAGUCUAAUCUGGCCUAUCAGCAGCCCUCCUCCACCCAGCACAUUCCCAUUCUGUUUGAGCCACAGCUCAACCAGCCUUCUGGAAUGGGAGGCUCCCAGCUCAUUGACACACACCUGCUGCAGGCUCGACAGGGGAUGAAUCAGCAUUCGAACAUGUACUCCGGGCAGGUGCAGCAACAUGGCCAGAGCAGCUACUAUAGCAACACUCAGUCACCCAGUUCUGCAAUGCAGCAGGUGACUGUCCCUCUGCCCAGUUCCCAGCUGUCCCUGCCAAACUUUGGCUCGAGUGCAGGCCAGCCCCUCCUGGCGCUGCCGCCCACUCCUCCACAGGCCCAACCACCAAACAUCAACCGUCAGCCCCCGGUGUCCCAGCAGUACCGAGGCAUUAUGGGUCCCAACCACAGCAUGAUGCAGCCUCCCACCAGCAAGAUGGACAUGGAUCUGAAACUCUUUGGCAGUGGGAUGGAUGUGAAGCCUGGUACUCCUCCUGUCAGCGCCAGGAGCACGACACCAACUUCUAGCCCUUACAGGGCCAGCUCCACCUCUCCAAGUAGCCAGUCCAGUAAGAUGAACAGCAUGCUGUACCAGAAGCAGUUUCAGCCUAGCUCUGCUGGCAUGAGAAUGACGCAGCACUUCCCUGGCCAGUUCAACCCACAGAUUUUGUCUCAGCCCAACAUCGUCUCCCCCCUGGUCAGACCUCCUCAUGCUAACUCGUUUGCUGGAGGUGUCCAGCGUUCUCCCAUGGGCCCUCAAAUGUCACCCAAUUUGGGUGGUGGUCUCAUGCCCCAUCCCCGGUCUCAGCACCAACAGCACCCACAACACCCUCAGCACCCGCAGCACCCUCAACACCCGCAGCACCCACAGCACAGCCAGCACCCUCCCAGAGGACCUCCUGGUGCCUCCCUUGCACCCAGAGGCACACAGGCGGCUCUGAAGGCUGAACAGGACCUAAAGGCAAAGCAGCGGGCUGAGGUGCUCCAGUCCACUCAUAAGUUCUUCUCAGAGCAGCAACAACAACAGCAGCAACUCAAAGCUCCGCAAGUCAGCAAAGUGUCUCGGCUUGAUCAGGGAGGAAAACCCCCACUCGACCCCUCGGCCCCAAACCACCAGGCAGGAGGUGCAGAUUCUGACAAACCCCCCAUCUCCACGGCCAAGCCAAUACGGACUGGCCCCAUUAAACCGCAGGCCAUCAAACCAGAGGAGGGCAAGUAAAGAGCUGCCAACCCUCUUCGGACGACGAUAUGCAUGGAUGGAAGAGAGAGAGAAUCGAGCCACAUUCACUCAGUCACCACCUCAUAUCAGCCCUGGGGGGGGGACAGCGUGGGGGAGGAGGAGGAGUUGAGAUCCAGAUGGUAGUGGUUCCUGAGAGUAGGCAUCGUCCUGCAUAUACAUAAUCCUCUUCCUCUCUUCUUUCUUCCCCUGUCUUGUCCCGCUGUAGGUGGCGGCGUUUGAGUUGGAUUCUUCCAUCGUGUUUAGAUGCCGAUUUAAAAUGGCUGCACAAGUUGUUCCAUAGAAAUCUACAGUGACGGUAGAUAAGAGGCGAGUUCGAGGAAGAAAAUUUAAAAAACGAGAUUUGCUGCUGAGUUUGCCUUUUUUUUUUUUUAAUGGCUCUUGAUUUGUUUCUUUAUUUUAUUUCUUUUUCCCAGAUAGGAUCACGCAUAUUAUAGGAGAAACCUGUUUUUGUUAACGAAAAGAAUGAAUCAGUUUUUUUGUUUUUGUAGUCGAAACAAUCUUGUUAAGGAGACGUCAUUUAGUGAAGCACACUUUUCGUUGCCCAAAUCUCCCGUCGUAACUAAUCCAGAGAAUCGUGCUCGUGGAAACGCACCACGCGAGCGCACACACACGCUCACUCAACGGUUUCAACCACGGUUACCGCACAGAGACAUGAAAUCAGAAAAUCUUUCGUCAUUUUGUUUGUUUUUUUUGGGAGUUUUGUUUUUACCAGAAUGGAAAUGUGAAAAUUGCAGCAGUUAAUUGAAUUUAAUGAUUGAUUUAUUGAUUAGUCUGCCUGUGAGCCUGUGCUCCUGCCUUCUGCUCUCAUCUCCUUGCCUGAGAAUUAUUGAUGUGUCGGGGGUGUGUGUGUGUCAGGUGUGUGUUUGUGGUAUAAACGGGGGGGAAAGCUCGUAGCUGGACUCUCUUGUAUAUUUAGCCAAAGGUUAAAGCAGCGCAGAGAUGAUGUCACAGCCUUUUUUUAGGAUUGCUGUUGCCGUGGCAGCAGAGUUUUGAGUGGACUUAAAAGGAUUACAUGGGAUGAUGUAUGAUCACUACUUUACAGCUGUUCAAGUUUUAGGGGCUACUGUCACACACCCUUUCACUGCUUUCACACCCAUCCUUGCUGUCACACCAACACAUACCAAUACACACUUCACUGUAAAGCACCCAGACCUGCUGCUAUUGACUGAUUUCAGUGCCCUUAGCUAGAGUAUAGCAGGAUAGGGCUGUUUAGACGAAUAGAAAACGGCGAGGAGUUGAUUUGUUGAAACAGUAGAAAACUUUGAGCGUGUCCUGUUCUUGUUCCCCCCCCCUCGUCGUGAGGGUUGAUGAGGAAAAAAAGAUGAAAUGCGAAGCCUCAAGUUCUGAAGAGUUUGGGCAGAAGGACACUUAUUGUUUUGUUGUCUUUACUGAUGAGAGCAAUCAGUGCUGUUUUCUGUCUCUGCCUCACCUCCGCUGGCUGUCCCACCCACAAUGCUUUCAUCUUGGGGUUGUGGUGACAAGGGUCCUUCAGAUAUGUACAGUAGUAUGCACCCUGAGGUGGGGAGGGUGUCCUCCUCACCUCAAACCCUAGCUGGGGGAAGAGUCCUUGCUUUGGAGGAUGGAUGAGGGAGGGAGGGUUAAUGAUUUUUUUUUUUCUUUUGUUUUUUUUUCUUUUGUUUUUUUGUUGAACUUGUACAGGGGUUUCAUCGCUGUAUUAAAAUAUGUACGGUCUUAUUUACAUUCUCUCGGUUUGGUUACAGAAACUAAUAAAAAUAAUAUACUGUU